GAUGCUUGCAGUUGCUGAGACUAGAUUUGCUUCAACUAUUGUCAUGAUUAAAAGGUUAAGAGCCAUUAAACAUGCUCUCCAAUCUAUGGUCAUUAGUGAAGAAUGGUCUCUUUAUAAAGAAGGUGAUGUCUUAAGAGCUGCUUAUUUGAAAGAGACAAUUUUGAAAGACAUUUGGUGGGAUACAGUUGAUUAUGUGCUAAGCUUUACCAAGCCCAUAUAUGACAUGCUCCAUGCUUGUGAUACUGAUGAACCAACUCUUCAUUUGGUUCAUGAGAGAUGGGAUUCUAUGAUUGAGCAUGUGAAAUUGGCAAUAUAUCAACAUGAGAGCAAGGAGUUGAAUCAACACUCAUCCUUUUACGAAGUGGUGUAUAACAUUCUAAUUGAUCGACAGACUAAAAGUUACGCACCACUUCAUUGUUUGGCUCAUUCACUUAAUCCUAGGUAUUAUUGUAGGGAAUGGCUCGAGGAAGCUCCAAAUAGAGUACCCCCUCAUGACGACAAUGAGAUGUGCACCGGGAGAAACAAGUGUCUAACAAUCUACUUUCCAGAUGCAAAGGAAAGAUUAGAAGCAACCACAGAGUUUGCUAAAUUCUCAAGUCCUGGAAAAGAACUUGACCAAUUUGAUUGCUUACCACAUAGAUGGAACUUGGAGCCAAGGGGAUGGUGGGUCAUACAUGGGGCUGCAAUCCCUAAACUCCAAAACAUUGCCUUGAAGCUCUUGUCACAACCAUCCUCUUCUUGUUGUUGUGAAAGAAAUUGAAGUACAUAUUCCUUCAUCAAUUCCCUAAAAAGGAAUAGACUCAACUCUAAGAGAGAUGAAGACCUAAUUUUCAUACAUACAAAUCUUCGUCUCCUCUCAAGAAAGACUAAGAGUUAUAAGGAAGGUGAGAGCAAAAUGUGGGAUAUUGGUGGAGAUGAAUGGGAUUCACUUGAAGGGGCUGGUAUUCUUGAAGUUGCUUCCCUUUCCC